UCUCUGUGUGUGUGUGUGUCUGUGUGUGUGUCUGUGUGUGUCUCUGCGUGUGUGUCUCUGUGUGUGUCUGUGUGUGUGUGUGUCUGUGUGUGUGUCUGUGUGUGUCUCUGCGUGUGUGUCUCUGUGUGUGUCUGUGUCUGUGUGUGUGUGUGUUACUCAAAACACAGAUUUUUAAAAUAUGCUCUUUUAGAAAACCAGAGACAUUUGGAGAACAUACAGGAGGGAAUGUGUGAAAGUUUAGUGCGUUACAGAGACACUCAGCGUCUUGUCUGAACCUCAGAUGGUCAUGAAGGCUUCUGAACCUGGGAAUGUUUCGGAAUUGAAUGACCUUCCACUGGACGCCGAGCGGAUAGAACCCUAUCUGCUGAACCUGCGACAGCGAGCGGAGAAGGAGCCGGUCAUUAGACCUCUUCAGGAUUUAUCUGAUAACUUUCUGAUCAGGUUUCUCCGAGCAAGAGAUUUUGAUGUGGAGCUGGCGCUGAAGCUAUUGAUUAAUUAUCAUAAAUGGAGACAAGAGUGUCCUGAAAUAAGCGCUAACCUGCGACCGUCCUCCAUCAUCGGCCUUCUGAAAAACAAUUACCAUGCGGUUCUCAGGUCCAGAGACACUGCUGGGAGCCGAGUGUUAAUUUACAGGAUCGGUCGCUGGAAUCCGAAAGAAUUUUCAGCGUAUGAAGUUUUCCGGGUCAGUCUCAUCACGUCUGAGCUGAUUGUCCGGGAGAGUGAGACUCAGAGAAAUGGACUCAAAGCUAUUUUUGACCUUCAGGGCUGGUGUUUCUCCCACGCCUUCCAGAUCACCCCUUCACUGGCCAAAAAGAUCUCCUGUGUCCUCACGGACUCGUUUCCGUUAAAGGUGCGUGGGAUCCACUUCAUAAACGAGCCCCGGUUCUUCCGUCCUGUGUUCACCAUGAUCAAACCGCUCCUGCCGGACAAAAUUAAACAGAGGAUUCAUUUCCACAGCAGCUUCUACACAACGAGCCUCACUCACUUCUUCCCUGCGUCCAUCCUCCCGCUGGACCUGGGCGGCUCGGGGCCAAGCGUGGAUGAGCUUUGUGAGGAGUGGACGCAGUACAUCCUGCAGGCCGAGGACUACCUCCAGGGUCUGUGUGUGGAUUCAGGAGGCGACGCGUCUCAGAGCUGAUGACUUCGUGGUCUUGCUGAUGUCCUGGAUGAACUUUUACCUGCUUAUAGAAAUGAGAAUUUAUUAAAGGUCUGCGUCUGUUUCAGGAAGUUCGUUUACAGAGAAGAAUCCUUUGUGGUUUACACUUUCUGUGAUGUUCCUCCGUCAUUAACCGAAAUCUCUGCUUUAUACUCAAGUUUUGUACCAAAUUUCAGGAGAUAGAGGUUUUAGAUUCGGGUCUAGGAGACUUUCUGAUAUUAUGUCUAUAGAGCUUUAAAAAGUGGAACUUUACAGAGAAAAAAAUGAGUUUAAAAUUAAGUUACUAUUUAUCCCACUGCAGUGUGUGUGUGUAUAAAUGUGUGUGUGCGUAUGUGUGUGUAUGUGUGUGAGUGUGUGUGUGUGUGUGUGAGUGUGUGUGUAUAAAUGUGUGUGUGUGCGUAUGUGUGUGAGUGUGUGUGUGCGUAUGUGUGUGUAUGUGUGUGAGUGUGUGUGUGUGAAUGUGUGUGAAUGUGUGUGUGUGUGUGAAUGUGUGUGUGUGUGUGAAUGUGUGUGUGUGUGUAUGUGUGUGUGUGUGUAUGUGUGUGUGUGUGAAUGUGUGUGUGAAUGUGUGUGUGUGAAUGUGUGUGUGUGUGUGAAUGUGUGUGUGUGUGUGUGUGUGUGUGAAUGUGCGUGUGUGUGUGAAUGUGUGUGUGAAUGUGUGUGUGAAUGUGUGUGUGAAUGUGUGUGUGUGCGUAUGUGUGUGUAUGUGUGUGAGUGUGUGUGAAUGUGCGUGUGUGUGUGAAUGUGUGUGUGAAUGUGUGUGUGAAUGUGUGUGUGAAUGUGUGUGUGUGCGUAUGUGUGUGUAUGUGUGUGUGUGUGUGUGAAUGUGCGUGUGUGUGUGAAUGUGUGUGUGAAUGUGUGUGUGAAUGUGUGUGUGAAUGUGUGUGUGUGCGUAUGUGUGUGUAUGUGUGUGAGUGUGUGUGAAUGUGCGUGUGUGUGUGAAUGUGUGUGUGUGAAUGUGUGUGUGUGUGAAUGUGUGUGUGUGCGUAUGUGUGUGUAUGUGUGUGAGUGUGUGUGUGAAUGUGUGUGAAUGUGUGUGUGUGUGUGAAUGUGUGUGUGUGUGAAUGUGUGUGUGUGUGAAUGUGUGUGUGUGUGUGAAUGUGCGUGUGUGUGUGAAUGUGUGUGUGUGAAUGUGUGUGUGUGUGAAUGUGUGUGUGUGUGUGUGUGUGUGAAUGUGCGUGUGUGUGUGAAUGUGUGUGUGUGAAUGUGUGUGUGUGUGAAUGUGUGUGUGUGCGUAUGUGUGUGUAUGUGUGUGAGUGUGUGUGUGAAUGUGUGUGAAUGUGUGUGUGUGUGUGAAUGUGUGUGUGUGUGAAUGUGUGUGUGUGUGUGAAUGUGUGUGUGUGAAUGUGUGUGUGUGUGAAUGUGUGUGUGUGUGAAUGUGUGUGUGUGUGUAUGUGUGUGUGUGUGUGUGUGUGAACUUUGUGCUUGUAUUUAAAGGAUAAACACACCUUGAGUUUUCUGUCAAUAAUAAAGUGCAGUUUGAGUCCA